AUGAAGCUGCUUAACGUGCUGCCGGUUGCUGCCUACUUUUUCCUCUUCAUUCUACUCUCCUCCAGUGACUUCAACGAACGGAGGUCGCUGGUGCAGGCUCAGGAGCCACUGUUCGAGCUGCCGGUACAGCUGAUCGGUUUCCCCGUAAUCAUUCUCUCCGUCCGUUUGGCAAACUUUGCCAAAAAGCUAGCCUACUCGCUAAAUCCAAAGACCUACCAAUCUCGUAGCCGUCGGGAGACGCUGCAUCCGGAAGAACUGUCACGGCUAGCGAUCGAUGUGGUACAGGCGGAGCGGAAAAUUCUUCACGAGUUCGGACCCAAGGCAUGCAUCGAGGAGGAACCGUGUCGAAUUCACGCCGUCAGCAGCGCACGGCUAGACAACUAUCAGCCCGACUGGGAGGAUAUUUUGAAAAACUACAAAACACAGACCAGCGGUAUGAAACAGUGGUACUUGUUGUCCGUGUUCCUCGGUGACUACUUGCGGGACGUACAGUUCUGCAAGCAGCUGGCCAAGCGAUUAGACUGCAAUCGAUACCAGAGACCGUUCCUGCGAGACUGA